AUGGCUGACAAGUCCAAGUUUAUUGAGUACAUUCAUGAUGCUUUAGAAAAAUCAAAAGAAACAGCGCUUUCCCAUUUAUUUUUCACCUACCAAGGAAUUCCUUACCCAGUUACCAUGUGCACCUCAGAAACUUUCCAAGCUUUGGAUGCCUUUGAAGCCAGAAGUGACGACAUCGUGAUCGCCUCCUAUCCAAAGUGUGGUUCAAACUGGAUUCUCCACAUUGUCAGUGAGUUAAUAUUUGCCGUUUCUAAAAAGAAAUACACGUGCCCAGAAUUUCCAGUUCUUGAAUGUGGUGACACUGAAAAGUAUCAGAGAAUGAAACUGUUUCCAUCACCAAGGAUUUUGACAACUCACCUCCACUAUGACAAACUACCUCAGUCUGUCUUCAAGAACAAAGCCAAGAUAUUGGUGAUAUUUCGGAACCCUAAGGAUACAGCAGCGUCUUUUUUUCACUUUCAUAACGAUGUCCCUGACAUUCCAAGCUAUGCCUCUUGGGAUGAAUUCUUCAGACAAUUCAUACAGGGACAAGUUUCUUGGGGAAGCUAUUUUGAUUUUGCAAUUAAUUGGAACAAACAUAUUGAUGAUGAAAAUGUGAAGUUCAUGUUAUAUGAAGAUCUGAAAGAGAAUCUACUUGCUGGAAUAAAACAGAUCUCUGAAUUCCUUGGCUUCUCUCUAACUGAUGAACAAAUACGAGCUGUCUCAGACCAGAGCACCUUCCAAGCAAUGCGAGAAAAUUCUCAGGAGACACAUGGUGCUAUUGGCCCCUUCCUGUUCCGCAAAGGUGAAGUUGGUGAUUGGAAAAAUUUGUUUAAUGAAACUCAGAACCAGGAAAUGGAUGAAAGAUUCAAAGAGUGCUUAGCAGGUACUUCCCUCGGAGUCAAGCUGAAGUAUGAGUCACACUGCCUGGCUUGAUUCUGGCCAAGUUGGCAGGCCUACACAUUUUCUUUCCU